AUGAGCGCAAUAAGUUUGAAAGAACCUUUCGAGAUAGUUCAAAAGAUUAUUACAAUCGAAAAACAAAAUAACUUAUUUGAUAUUAGUGUUAGCAUUCCGGUAGAAAUUAGUUCAAAAAUAGAGAAUUCAAAAAUUCUUAAUAAAGUUGACAAUAAAACAAUCGAUGAGAAAGCAAAUGAUUUGAUGAAUGAUGUCGAUUCUAUUAAAAGCGAUACGGAAAAAUCUACAAUUAAUGAGAAUGAUCCCGAACUAGAAGAGAAGAUUCUUGUGACUUGUAAAGGAGCUGGCAUUUCUUUGGUUUCUGAUGAUGGUCAUCAGUUACGUAAUUGGGAGAUUCCUCCUCAAUAUUCCGUAAUUACUCCAGCAAAGUGUAUUAUAAAGUCUGGUAGAUGUUAUGUUUACGUUAUAAUUCACUCGGAUAACGAUGUUACGGGAUCAGAUAAAGUUAUAUGGUUUUGGAAAGACAGAAAAAAGUCUUUAGAAGGUCCCCAGUCAACGAAAAAGAAGGCUAGAGAAUUUGAAAAAGAGAUAUUUUCACUAGAAUUAUCUCCCCUCCUUUCAAAAAAUAUCAUUUUGAUAAACAAAGAUGGUUCAUUGUUACUAGUUAAGGCUAAUUUAAAACCUGUUGGUGAUAAUUUUAUUGGUGCUAAAACUAAAAAGAAAAAAAAUGAAAGACGUGUCAUCUGGUCAACUCUUUUUAGUUCUUCUGGGUCAUGUGUUCCUACAAACUUCUUACCACAUCCAUCUUUGGUGGUCUUCACAAUUUCGAUGAAUAAAUCUGAGAAAAACAGUACAACUUUUACUUCUAAACACCUUUUUCUAUCGUUCACAUGGAUUAAUUGUGAUAAAUUGUGCUGUGGAUUCUUGGGUCAUUACACACUCUCUGAGCAGGGUAUUAAGAUCGUGUCUAACCAACCUCAAUAUGGAUAUACAGUUUCAUCGGGCGUAUUGAAAAUAUUUAUGAUCACUUUUAAUCUUAUCGAAUCCAAUGUUGAUAUAACGAUAUCCGAAAUUUGGAAAUUUGAAUUUGAUGGACUGAUACCGUUCAUGGAGAAGUGCUUUUCGACAAUACAAGGAGAACUUGCGAUUGGAUUCGCACCUAUUUCCGAUUCUUAUUUGGCUCUCGUUGGAAUGCAAAAAACUUCGGCGUCAAUCAAUAAGGUUUUGACUAUAUGGGAUUUACGUUAUGGAACAUUACAAGCUGAGUGCGUGCUUGGCACGUUAAAGCAAGAAAACCCUACAGAUGUUGUAUCGUACCCUUCACUUUUUAAAUUUCAGCUUAUCGUUGUACCUGGUAGCAAUUUGAUAAUAUCCACACUAUCUGAAUCCUUACCGAAUAAUCCCAAUUCUUUUAAAUUAUCAACAUUCAUUUGUCGAUAUCAUUAUGAACCAAUGACGUUGCUACACGCAUUAAAUCGCAUGAAAGAUUCAUCUGCAUAUUUACAAUUGGGAAGUGGUUAUACUCGAGGUUUCGGAAUUACCAGAUUUGGUAUUGCUUUAGAUACAAAACCUAAAUCAACUGAACAUGUUCCUAACGAAAUUUUAAAUAAUAUUGAAAAUAAUAUUAAAGAAUUACAAAGAGAAGAAUACAAAUUUUUAAAGUUCCUUUUUUUCAAAUCUCAUACGACUGAAAAUAUUAGAGAACGAUUUCAACUUUUUGUGAAACAAAAAGGCGUAGAGGCAUUUGAAUCUUUUUUGAAAAAGAAUGAUAUAGAUAAAGAACAAUACAAAAAAUAUCUGGAAUAUUGGAAGAGUAACAAGAAGUUUUCUAAGAAAUCUAAAGAAAUGAAAACUAUAAACAUUUAUGAAGAUGAUAACGAUAACCCCGGUAUUAAAGAUGAUGAUAAUCAAAAAUGGCGAGAUUUAUGGAAAGAAUGGGAAAUAAAAACAUAUGAAUCAAGAAAAUACAUUCUUAAUAAAGAAAAAGUGUGUGAAUAUCUUGAGUCAGGAGAAGCGCAAAGGCCAGAAUUAUCAUAUUACUUUAUUCAAACGGUAAUCGAAUAUUGCUUAUCUAAAAAUUCGGAUGGCACACCAAAUUUGAAUUGUUGGGUGCCAGAAGUCAUCCAAUAUUUUAUUCAAUCAAAGAUGAUGUCAAACAAGUUUGUGAAGGGCGGGAUUAUCAAAGCUUUAAUAGAAAGGGAAGCAUGGGACUUAGUCAAAAUAGCCCUUUACUUUAUGAAUGACAUUCCCGAAGAUGAUCUAAUACAUCUACUCAAAUGUGCAAUAUCGAGUCAAACCAAACCAUUUUCAAUCGGAAGUAUACUCAGGUAUCUUAUUGCAGCCCCCAAAAAUGAUAAUAUGAUGAUAUGGAGUUUACGUCAAUUAACGGAAGAUGAAGUGAUGACUAUUAUGAAAAUAUUAUGUGGAUGGAUCGAAAAAUACGAUCAGACAGAAUUCGUAAAAGAAGUUUUAUCAAAAAAGCGAGAAUUACAACCAAAAACGCAUGAAUGUAAUAACGUUGCAAGUAAUUUACCCGAGUUUCAUAAACUUUUAGAAUUUUUGACCUUAUUGUUAGAUGCACAUUUUACAACUCUUAUUAUGGAUUCAAAAAUACAUCCAUUAUUAUCUCGGUUGGCAAAUCGUAUCGCAUGUGAUGUAUUGAUAUAUGAAUCAUUAGAGUCAAUGCGUGGUUGUCUCGAGUCAUACCAUAAAUAUUCGAAGAGAAACAUUUUUAAAAAGACUGAGAAUGUAAGACGUGGGAAAUCUCAAUCAUAUAUGAAGGAUGCAGACUUACCGGAAUAUUCAGUGGAAUUAUUUACAUUUGACGAAGACGAUAUCCUCGAUUCAGUUGAGGAUGAAAUACAAGUAGAACCUGAGUUUUGA